UCAUUUGAACAAAGGACUAUUUUACUGGAGGUAUCAGAAGGCUUUCUCUACUCACUGAGAGACACUAUUUUUUCUUUAUUGAGUAAUACUUUCUGAGUAUUGCUUCCUCUUUGUUUAUACUAUCAGAAUGAAUAUCAGAGCCCUUACAGGAAGUUGGUGGAGCAUGACAGAGAACUGGGGUUUCCUUUGAUGUAGACUUAGUGGCUUUAACAGAGGAAUGAUCAGUAGUCUGCCGCACUGGUGUGCUGGUCUGGCACUCAGGGAAGUGGCCACCACUCGCGUGAUUGUGGAGUAGAAACUCAGUUGCAGGAAAAACACAGUUCAAUUGAAGAAUUAAAACGGCACCUCAACAGAGCCACUCUUGGGCUUUUCUUAUAACCCAUGUUUUCACAUCUUUCCUUCGACUGUGUCCUUCUGUGGCUGCUACUACUGACAAGGUCUUUGGUAGGGUCACGCACAGCCGAGGUGGGCAAGAAUGCUUAUCUGCCCUGCCACUACUCUCCAACCACCUCGGAGAACCUUGUGCCCAUGUGCUGGGGCAGGGGACCCUGUCCUUUAACUCAAUGUACGAGUGUGAUGCUCAGUACUGAUGGAAGGCACUUGAACUACCAGAGAUCCAGCAGAUACCAGCUAAAGGGGAAUGUCCACAAAGGAGAUGUGUCCUUGACCAUAGAGAAUGUGACUUUAGCCGACAGUGGGACUUACUGCUGCCGUAUCCAAUUCCCAGGCCCAAUGAAUGAUAAAAAAUUAAACCUGGAGUUGGACAUCAAACCAGCCAAGGUCACCCCUGCUGGGACUCCACGGAGAGCCUUCACUACAGCCUUUCCAAGGAUAUUUACCACUGAGGAACACGGCUCAGCAGAGACACAGACUCUGGAGACCCUCCAUGAUAAAAAUCAAACACAAAUAUCCACAUUGGCGGAUGAGUUACAAGACUCUGGUUACAAGACCACCAGAAUAAGUGUCUAUAUUGGAGCAGGGAUCACUGCUGGGCUGGCUCUGGUUCUUAUCUUUGGUGCUUUAAUUCUCAAAUGGUAUUCUCAUAGGAAAGAGAAGUUACAGAAUUCCAGCCUCGUCACUUUGGCCAACCUCCCUCCUCCCUCAGGGUUAGAAAAUACAGUAGCAGAGGGGAUGCGCUCAAGGGAAAACAUCUAUACAAUUGAGGAGAACCUAUAUGAACUGGAGGACCCAUAUGCGGAUUACUGCUAUGUCAUUAGUGGGUAGCAAGCCUGACAACUCCGGGUCUUCACCCUUCUAUGCCAUCAGACCCAGCUUCAUUCGGGAGCUUGUAUUGUCUUCUUUGAAAGCUAUCAGAUGUGUCAGCUGAUUGACUUUAAGGUUCUGCCUGUGGCUACCCAGCAUUCUUUAUCCAGUUUCUGAGGAUAAGCUCACAAAAGGAUUGAACCAUCAUCUACCCAGUACUCAGACUUGUUACUACCUUACCUCUGCAUUCCAGCCAACAGGUUACUCAACUCAGAGACUGCUAAUCAGGGCAUUAGAACUCAAAUGAGCUUCUCUGUGAAGUAGGAAUUCUUAAUGUGGCGACUCCUGAAUUCCAGGAUUUUCAGUCCCAUGAUGUGUCCACGAAGCUCCUGAGAAGGUGGGGCGAGGGUGGAGGGGAAUUACGUGCUGAGCUAUAUGCAUGCCUUUUUGGGUACAGAAAGUCUAAAGGGGCCACUGAUUUCAAAGAGAAAGUUGACUCAUAAAAGGUGAAGAAACUCCUGGAGUAGACCAAAUGGCCUUGAAGGUUUCCUUUGAGUCUCAACGUUCAAGCUUCUUUGAAUGAAGGCUCUCCUACAGAUACCAACUUACACUCUCCUUCUCCAGUGAAGAAGCCGGCUCAGCAAGCCGUGGUGUGGCAGGAGCUCCUGGGGAAAAAGGAAGUGCACUCAUGGGUGUUGUCAAGUUCUGCUUGGGGAGAACUCAAAGGGAAACAUCUCUGACCAACUUCUCCAUUCAAGGAGAGAACCGGGGACAUGUUUUUCACAGAAAAAGAAGCAGUGACUGGGAUGCCUAUUCCGUUUCCCGGUGGAAGGAAGACGAAGGGCUGCAGCAAUCUGUACUAGUCAGCCUCAGAUCCCUUGGAGGGAAGACAGUGGUCCCUAAGCUUCCAUUCCAAGACUGUGCAGACUAGCUCUGCCUUCCUUAUUUGUUGACUCUGCUCUCACACAUAAUAGAAAUUCAUUAGGUAUCUUUGGAGUGAAAACAUUAAAUAUGCAGAAAGGUAGCUUUCUGGAAAGCCCUUCCAUUGGGGCACUCAGACAGAGCUCUGCCACCUCACUUCUUGGAGAACUCACAGACCCUAAGCUCCAUCGGUGCUCCUAUGUAGGCAGAAGUGGCUGUUUUCAGACAGUGACAAUAUGCACCUCACUGUCUGAAAACUGCCCCUCCCUCGGUGAUGACCAACCUGCUGCUGUGCUGCAUUCCAUGGAUGCUAGUCACCUGGAGGGAAGCGACUUCAGAAGACACGUAGACCACAUCAAUGGUUCCCUCCAAAGGAGAUUCUUACCCACAGAAAUCUUUAAACAAGGGUAUAUAUAUAUAUAUAUACGAUGAUAGUUGCAAUGAUGUUUGCAAAACUUUUUCAUUGAUAGUGGAAUAGUUGAUUAUUGUUGUCCAUCAGCACACUGAGGCAAGUAAGAAGAAUUAGGUGGUUUCAUUGUUGAGCUGUUUUGCUAAUUUAACAAAUAUUUAUUAGUGCCUACUAUGUGCCAGGUAAUCUGAUGCUAAGACCAGAGAGAGAGACCAAAUAGACACAUCCCUGACCCCAUGGAACUUCUAGUUUGACAGGCAGGAGAAUUUGUUCUAUCCAUUCACUGUUAACAUUUACUGGCAUCAACUUUGUCAGGCACUGUUUUAGUCCCUAGGAAUACAACAGUGAUGAAACCCUUAAUCUGACAAAGUUUAUGUUACUUGUCAGAGGGAAAUGCUAUAUUGCUAAAUCAAAAGAAAAAAAAAAGUUCUAGAAUAAUAUAUACAAUUGAUGCAUAAUUUUUUUAAUCUUUAAAAAAUCUGGAAGAAUAUACCCAAGUUAAUAUGGUUACCACACAAGGGCAAAUAGUUAAGAGAUAGACUCAGCCUGGCCAGUGGUGCUCAGUGGUUAAGCGUUGACCUAUGAACCAGGAGGUCAUGAUUUGAUUCACUAUUGGGGCACAUGCCUGGUUUGCAAGCUCGAUCCCCAGUGUGGGGCGUGCAGGAGGCAGCUGAUCAAUGAUUCUCUCUCAUCAUUGAUGUUUCUAUCUAUCCCUCUCCAUUCUUCUCUGAAAUCAAUAAAUAUAUAUUUUUUAAAAAAGAUAGACUUUCACCUUUUUUUUUACAUGCUUCUGUGUUUGAUGAUCUCCAUUUUUCUCAUAAUAGAAUGGUAAGAUUUAAGCAUUGUAGCAGUGAUUUCCUGUCUGCCCUCCACUUCAUAGAAAGAAAUGAAGACUGGGACAGGUUAACUUAAAGAGCAAGUCUGGCAGUGAGCUAGGACUGGGACCCUGGUUUUCAGAGUAGGAUUUACUUUCCAUCAGUUAUUUGGAAUGGGACAGAUGGCAGAAAGGGGAACGAAAAGCUCUUGCCAGUGCCCUGGAGAUGAUAAGUGGUAACUUAAUCACAGUGUAAUAAUAUAUUUUAUUGAUUUUCUACAGAGAGGAAGGGAGAAGGAUAGAGAGUUAGAAACAUCGAUGAGAGAGAAACAUCGAUUUGGCUGCCUCCUGCACACUCCCUACUGGGGAUGUGCCCGCAACCCAGGUACAUGCCCUUGACCGGAAUUGAACCUGGGACCCUGUAGUCCACAGGCCGAUGCUCUAUCCACUGAGCCAAACCUGCUAGGGCUCAGCAUACAUUUUAAGUAAUUGUUACUAGCACAGGCUUUUCCACUUGGUGCCCAGGUUCUACAGAGGUUUUAGUUUGGGAGAGUUACAGAGUCCUUUAGCAAAUGACCCUAACACUAUCUGGCUAAAAGCACAAUGCUAUUAAGUCUCUUUGACUCAGCCAACUUCCCUAAAACGGAUGUGAAAGAAGUGUCUGACAAUCAUGUAGCAAUGCAACAAGGCACACUGGUUACAUAUGAAAGUGUUCAUUCAAAAGCAAAUAUGCGAUGAUGUCAUCUAUUAACAUAAGAAACAUUCAAACCUAUAAAGAAUUUUUGUGAGUUUAUUUUGAGCCAAACUGUCGACAAUUGCCGGAAAGCAGAAUCUCAACGGAUUGGGAUAAUCCGCAGAAUGGCAGAUUUUCACCUUGUUUUAUACUCUACAGUCAAAGGAGGAGAUGUAAGUGGGUUACAAUGAAAUCCAUUGGUGAUAGAUUAGGGAGGUGGGAGAAAGCAAAGCGGGGAAACCUCUGGGAUUGGAUAAAAAGUAAAAUGAUAUUUAUCAGUAAGAAUGUAUGCACCCCUAUGUUCAUAGUAGCACAGUUUACAACAGCUAAGAUCUAGAAACAGCCCAAGUGCCCAUCAGUAGAUGAGUGGGUAAAAAGCUUUGGUACGUUUAUACCUGGAAUACUAUGCAGCAGUAAAAAAGAAUAUGUUACCCGUUGAGACAGCAUGGAGGGACCUGGAGAGUAUCAUGCUAAGUGAAAUACAUCAGUCAGAGAAAGACACCUAUCACAUGAUCUCAAUCAUAUUUGAAAUCUAAGUAACAAAAUAAACUGAUGAACAGGGAGGAUCCAGAGACAUGAAAGCAUGGAACAGAGUAUGGAAUCUUCGGAGAG